AUGGCCCAGACGGUUAGACUUGCGGACAGGUCCGUUGGAGCCGCUGAUGAGCCGAGAAGCUCCAGUUCUCAAUUAGACCCUUCGUUGCGCCAUUUCGCUGACCCUGCCUUUGACCCGGUCGAAUUCCUGAAUAAUUCCUUGCCCCCGCUGGCGCGGCCCGCUGAUACUACCCGGGAUCCUCGCGCGAUUCCGAUUACUGACCUUUCGUCUCAGACCCAAUCUCUACUUUCGCAAUUAAGCGCCCAAAAUGCGAGACUAUCGAAUACCUUGACACAACUUACAGACGAGAUCCUACGAAGCGGAGGUCGAUUGGCGUACGAGGUGGAAGUGCUGCGGGGGGAGACGGUAGGAUUGUCGGAUACGUUGACGGAUGUCUUACAUGGCGAUAUUCAAAAAUUCGUCCCUGAGGGCAUAUCUGAGCGGCUUAGUGCCGAGGCCCAGGAGGGGCAAGGACCUGAAGAGCCAUCUACCAAUGUAACGACGCAGCCUGGGAGGACGGAGACAGAUCCUGACUAUAUUCGAGACUUGAGAACGCUCAAUCAAGUCAGAUCUAAACUUGAAGAUGUGAUCCACACAUUCGGGGAAGCAAUGGAAUGGCCACUACCUCCAUCCGAAGUGUCCCUCGCGUCCUCAUUUAUCUCUGUGUCCGCUCCUGAACCCGGCCCUGAAAGCCAUAGUCGUGAGGAGAAAGGACGUGAAGUGGCAAACAACUUAAAGAACGAAGUGAUAGAGCUCCUCGACAGCAACGGCGGAGGCGAAGCCGGACUCGAGGCCGCUAAUCGACGCGUUGAAUCUUUGCGCCAGUUGGCCUCCGUGUGGAAAGGCACGAUAGAGGAGAAGGCUCGACUCAAAUUUGUUGAUAGCUUAGCGAAACUGGUGGAAGAACGCCGAAAACUGCUUGAUAGCCAGUCUAGGGCGCGAGAUAGUAGAAAUGCCCGGCAAAGAGCAGACUCGCCCGCAGGACUGGGUAGGCAGUCCUCGGAUUUCAAUAGGGGAGCCAACCCGGAUAGCGGUGGUAUGGGCCUGUUCCGGAAUUUGCAACGUUUACGGGAUGAGAUAUACCUUGAUUAG